AUGGGUGGUGUCGAGGGCUGUUUGGAGGCCUUCUUCGAGGCCGUGGGCCGCAAAGUGGGCGGACAUCCCGUAAAGAGCUUGAUCGGGAGCAUCAUCUUCACCGUCGCUUGCUGCGGCGGCUUUGCCUUCCUGGAAAGCGAGACACGCCCGGAGAAGCAGUGGGUGCCAGUAGGGUCCCUCGCCUUGGACCACGACGAGUAUGUGAAGGCGACCUGGCCGGGCAACGCCCGCUUCAACUUCUUCUCGGCGACCUGUGCUGACGUGGACGAGGCAUCCUGCAACAUCCUGGACCCCAAGUACCUCCAGCGCUUCCACAUGCUGAACGAGCAGAUCAUGAACAUUACCAUCGACGGAACGACGUUGGUGCAGAAGCUGGACGAGGAUCACAAGCGCUCGGCAGGCGACAACCGGCCAUGGACCAUCUACUCUGGAUCCUGGAGUUUCAGCGGUGAACCGACAAGCGUCAACGGCAGUGUGGUCUUUAACGGCCGCAAGUGCUACGCCUUCGGUCCUUUCUGCGGCAGGUCUUCGGUUCUGGAUGUGUUCAGGGGGGAUGAUUACGUCAUCCAAAACCUGGACGACAACCAGAUCAAGCUCGCACUUAACAACUGGGAGGACCAAGAAACAUUCUGCCCUUUGACCUUGGCCACCGCUAACUCUCCCUGCUACAACAGCACCUGCCAAGCCUACAACACGCCUGAUGAGAGGUAUGCUUGCCGCGUGGAAGCUACGCAGUACUGCAACCAGAAGUGCCCCACCAACACGAUAAUGGUGAACGGCGAGGAAGUGACCAUUCCGGUGAACUUGGCGACCUGCGAGGACCGUGGCUGCAUCCAACUGGGCAACCUGGGCUCCAUCAGCACCACGUCAACGUCAGCUCCCGGUGGCCAGCUCAACACCGACCCAGGACAGGCGCCUGAUAGCGCCUUCGAGUUCCAGCCGACCAAGAUCAGGACCAUGGUGGGAGGAUUGGUGGCUGACACCAACUGGAAAUACGCAGGCGGCAAGCACAUCGCCGGCUUCUUCGCAUUGAACAAGAACGAGCUGUAUUGCCCCAUCGAGGGCCGCACAGACCCAGUGGCAGACGAGUGGGAGCGUCGCGCCUUGUGCAUUAUGGGCAUCGACGCCGACUCCCGAGCCGAGCCCAAGCUGGAUUGCAAGGAGGAUGACCUGCUGAAGUUCAGCGGCCUGUUCCAACGAUCUCUCGGCGACGAGUUUGGCAACGCCAUCCGCGGCGAUAUCGCCAAGCUCUCCUCUUCCUAUUUCGUGAUCAUUGUUAUCAUGAUCGGCAAGCUGGACGCCGUGCACAGCGGCGUGGUGCUGUCCAUGGUGGCGGUGCUCAUCGUGGGCCUGACCAUUGGGUCCACUCUGGGGCUCAUGGGCUACUUCGGGGUGCCCAACGGCAACCUGAACAACAACCUCUACUUCCUGCUGCUGGGCCUGGGUGUGGACGAUGCCUUCGUGCUCAGCUCGGAGUUUGCGCGGCACAUGGCCACCUCCAAGGGUGAGGGCACCUCAGUGGCGGAGCUGAUUGCUCGCACGGCCCGCACUGGAGGCAUCUCGGUGCUCAUCACCUCUGCCACUGACGCCUUGGCGUUCCUGGUUGGCGCCACCACUGUGCUGCCGGCACUGGGCUGGUUCUGCACCUACGCAGGCGUGUCCAUUGUCCUUUGCUUCACCUUUCAGCUGACCGUGUUCCUCCCUGUCCUGGCAUUGAACGCGCGUCGCACUCGCUCAAACCGCGUGGAUUGCUGCUGCUGCUUCACGGUCUCAGAGCGGUCGGCGGAUGACCCGCAGGGAUGCUGCUGCUGCUGUUUGCCCAAGAAGGUGCUGCAGGGAGGCUUCAUUAAGAAAGGCUUGGUCUGCUUUACCGAGCAGAUGACGAAGCCAGUGGGCCAGAUUGUGACCUUCAUCGUCUUCGCGGCUGUCACUGGAAUCGGCAUCUAUGGAAGCACACAGAUCUACAAGGACUUCAAGCUUGAGUGGUUCAUCCCGGACUCCUCGUAUGUGAACACCUUCUUCAAUAUCAAUCGCGAUAACUUCGCUACAGGCACGCCCAUCACUGUGAACUUCCCGAUGUCGCCUGAUGCCUUCGACCAGCAGAGCAACCUCUAUGAUGUCUACGGAUACCUGAACACCAGCAAUCUUGUCAAUCACGAUGUGGUGGUAGACAGCUGGCACAUGGAGUUCAUGGAGUGGGCUACCGCCCCGAACCAGGCCGCUACCCAGGGUGACACCUUCUCGCCCUCGCGCAGCGACGCCCAAGCCGCAUUCACAGACAAGACAGAGUUCUACACUGCGCUGCAUUUGUGGUACCGCAAUUCCGUGGGAUCCCGCUACCGCAACUCCAUUAAAUGGAAUGACCAGGACUGCCAGGUGGAUUCCAACAUGGAUGCUGUUCCUGCUGGCUGCGUCCCGACAGAAGGACUGGCAGCCUCGCGCUUCAACGCGGAGUUGUCCCUGGCAGCUACCGACCGGGGCACUGACCGCUACACCACCAUGACCUCCAUGCGCAGCGAGGUGACCAAUCGCUACGCCGGUGCUUUCCCAUACAGCUUCGACUUCCUGUACUGGGAAGAGGUCGGCGUCAUUGAUACCGAGCUGGUCAGAAACCUGGCGAUUUGCGGAGGGGUGAUCUUGAUCGUGAUCUUCGCCUUGGUGCCGAAUCCUCGCAUCGCAGUUUGGGUGGUGCUGUGUGUGAGCCUUUCCAUUGUCGACACUUUGGGCUACAUGUACUUCUGGGACGUGACCAUCAGUGGUGUGUCGACGAUCUACGUGCUGAUUUGCGUGGGCUUGGCUGUGGACUACGCGGCACACAUUGCGCACAUGUUCAAGGAGUCCACCGGCACUGCGCGGGAGCGUGCCAUUGCAUCCAUGGAGCGCAUUGGGCCCUGCACUUUCAACGCGGUGGUCUCCACCCUCCUGGCAGUGGUCGUGGUUGGCUUCUCCGAGAGCUAUGUCUUCAGGAUCUUCUUCAAGGUGCUUUUCCUGGUGGUGACCAUUGCGGGUGCGCACGGCUUGUGGCUCCUGCCCACCAUCCUGUCCCUUGUGGGAGGCUCCAAGGCGGCUCCGGAGUCUGAUUACUCGGAGAAGGCCUGGGUCAUGAUUCUCGAGUUUGCCCGGCCCUGCGCACUUUCAGUGCAGACCUUUGCUUUCAGCCAGAAUCGUUUGUUGCUCUUUCUGGAUGGUCGCGCAGGUGGUGUCGAGGGCUGUUUGGAGGCCUUCUUCGAGGCCGUGGGCCGCAAAGUGGGCGGACAUCCCGUAAAGAGCUUGAUCGGGAGCAUCAUUUUCACCGUCGCUUGCUGCGGCGGCUUUGCCUUCCUGGAAAGCGAGACACGCCCGGAGAAGCAGUGGGUGCCAGUAGGGUCCCUCGCCUUGGACCACGACGAGUAUGUGAAGGCGACCUGGCCGGGCAACGCCCGCUUCAACUUCUUCUCGGCGACCUGUGCUGACGUGGACGAGGCAUCCUGCAACAUCCUGGACCCCAAGUACCUCCAGCGCUUCCACAUGCUGAACGAGCAGAUCAUGAACAUCACCAUCGACGGAACGACGUUGGUGCAGAAGCUGGACGAGGAUCACAAGCGCUCGGCAGGCGACAACCGGCCAUGGACCAUCUACUCUGGAUCCUGGAGUUUCAGCGGUGAACCGACAAGCGUCAACGGCAGUGUGGUCUUUAACGGCCGCAAGUGCUACGCCUUCGGUCCUUUCUGCGGCAGGUCUUCGGUUCUGGAUGUGUUCAGGGGGGAUGAUUACGUCAUCCAAAACCUGGACGACAACCAGAUCAAGCUCGCACUUAACAACUGGGAGGACCAAGAAACAUUCUGCCCUUUGACCUUGGCCACCGCUAACUCUCCCUGCUACAACAGCACCUGCCAAGCCUACAACACGCCUGAUGAGAGGUAUGCUUGCCGCGUGGAAGCUACGCAGUACUGCAACCAGAAGUGCCCCACCAACACGAUAAUGGUGAACGGCGAGGAAGUGACCAUUCCGGUGAACUUGGCGACCUGCGAGGACCGUGGCUGCAUCCAACUGGGCAACCUGGGCUCCAUCAGCACCACGUCAACGUCAGCUCCCGGUGGCCAGCUCAACACCGACCCAGGACAGGCGCCUGAUAGCGCCUUCGAGUUCCAGCCGACCAAGAUCAGGACCAUGGUGGGAGGAUUGGUGGCUGACACCAACUGGAAAUACGCAGGCGGCAAGCACAUCGCCGGCUUCUUCGCAUUGAACAAGAACGAGCUGUAUUGCCCCAUCGAGGGCCGCACAGAUCCAGUGGCAGAUGAGUGGGAGCGUCGCGCCUUGUGCAUUAUGGGCAUCGACGCCGACUCCCGAGCUGAGCCCAAGCUGGAUUGCAAGGAGGAUGACCUGCUGAAGUUCAGCGGCCUGUUCCAACGAUCUCUCGGCGACGAGUUUGGCAACGCCAUCCGCGGCGAUAUCGCCAAGCUGUCCUCUUCCUAUUUCGUGAUCAUUGUUAUCAUGAUCGGCAAGCUGGACGCCGUGCACAGCGGCGUGGUGCUGUCCAUGGUGGCGGUGCUCAUCGUGGGCCUGACCAUCGGGUCCACUCUGGGGCUCAUGGGCUACUUCGGGGUGCCCAACGGCAACCUGAACAACAACCUCUACUUCCUGCUGCUGGGCCUGGGUGUGGACGAUGCCUUCGUGCUCAGCUCGGAGUUUGCGCGGCACAUGGCCACCUCCAAGGGUGAGGACACCUCAGUGGCGGAGCUGAUUGCUCGCACGGCCCGCACUGGAGGCAUCUCGGUGCUCAUCACCUCUGCCACUGACGCCUUGGCGUUCCUGGUUGGCGCCACCACUGUGCUGCCGGCACUGGGCUGGUUCUGCACCUACGCAGGUGUGUCCAUUGUCCUUUGCUUCACCUUUCAGCUGACCGUGUUCCUCCCUGUCCUGGCAUUGAACGCGCGUCGCACUCGCUCAAACCGCGUGGAUUGCUGCUGCUGCUUCACGGUCUCAGAGCGGUCGGCGGAUGACCCGCAGGGAUGCUGCUGCUGCUGCUUGCCCAAGAAGGUGCUGCAGGGAGGCUUCAUUAAGAAAGGCUUGGUCAGCUUUACCGAGCAGAUGACGAAGCCAGUGGGCCAGAUUGUGACCUUCAUCAUCUUCGCGGCUGUCACUGGAAUCGGCAUCUACGGAAGCACACAGAUCUACAAGGACUUCAAGCUUGAGUGGUUCAUCCCGGACUCCUCGUAUGUGAACACCUUCUUCAAUAUCAAUCGCGACAACUUUGCUACAGGCACGCCCAUCACUGUGAACUUCCCGAUGUCGCCUGAUGCCUUCGACCAGCAGAGCAACCUCUAUGAUGUCUACGGAUACCUGAACACCAGCAAUCUUGUCAAUCACGAUGUGGUGGUGGACAGCUGGCACAUGGAAUUCAUGGAGUGGGCUACCGCCCCGAACCAGGCCGCUACCCAGGGUGACACCUUCUCGCCCUCGCGCAGCGACGCCCAAGCCGUAUUCACAGACAAGACAGAGUUCUACACCGCGCUGCAUUUGUGGUACCGCAAUUCCGUGGGAUCCCGCUACCGCAACUCCAUUAAAUGGAAUGACCAGGACUGCCAGGUGGAUUCCAACAUGGAUGCUGUUCCUGCUGGCUGCGUCCCGACAGAAGGACUGGCAGCCUCGCGCUUCAACGCGGAGUUGUCCCUGGCAGCUACCGACCGGGGCACUGACCGCUACACCACCAUGACCUCCAUGCGCAGCGAGGUGACCAAUCGCUACGCCGGUGCUUUCCCAUACAGCUUCGACUUCCUGUACUGGGAAGAGGUCGGCGUCAUUGAUACCGAGCUGGUCAGAAACCUGGCGAUUUGCGGAGGGGUGAUCUUGAUCGUGAUCUUCGCCUUGGUGCCGAAUCCUCGCAUCGCAGUUUGGGUGGUGCUGUGUGUGAGCCUUUCCAUUGUCGACACUUUGGGCUACAUGUACUUCUGGGACGUGACCAUCAGUGGUGUGUCGACGAUCUACGUGCUGAUUUGCGUGGGCUUGGCUGUGGAUUACGCGGCACACAUUGCGCACAUGUUCAAGGAGUCCACCGGCACUGCGCGGGAGCGUGCCAUUGCGUCCAUGGAGCGCAUUGGGCCCUGCACUUUUAACGCGGUGGUCUCCACCCUCCUGGCAGUGGUUGUCGUUGGCUUCUCCGAGAGCUAUGUCUUCAGGAUCUUCUUCAAGGUGCUUUUCCUGGUGGUGACCAUUGCGGGUGCGCACGGCUUGUGGCUCCUGCCCACCAUCCUGUCCCUUGUCGGCGGCUCCAAGGCGGCUCCGGAGGCUGAGAACGCAGAGAAGGCCUCUCGCACCACCCCAGAGGAGGCCUGA